CUAUGCCUACAAUAAUUUAUGCUUUUGACGUUCUCCCACGUUUGAGGCAGUUUGAGGUUAAAGUGUCCAAAAUACAUUUUGGUUAUUUCGACAAGAAUUUAUUGUUCGAAAUAUUAUAUUAAUAAAAAUGGCUGAGGCAAUGCGUCAGACUGUAGCUGGAAUGCUUAAAGGCAUUGAAAGGUACAAUCCAGAUAACCUCAUAACUCUGGAAAAAUAUGUAGAGAUACAAUCAAGAGAGAAUGCUUACGAUUUGGAAGCAAACUUAGCUGUUUUGAAGCUCUACCAGUUAAAUCCGCAUCGAUUCAACAUGGAUAUUACAUGUCAGAUAUUACUAAAAGCCUUAACAAAUCUUCCACAUACUGACUUUGUACUGUGCAAAUGUCUACUGAGUGAGAAACUUAUGUCGGAAGAUCCCCUUAGUCAAAUCAUGUAUCUGGGAGACAUUUUGGAGCGGUGUGACUUCCAACAUUUUUGGGAUCGGGUGAUAUCUAUGUCGGAAUUUUGUGACAGAAUUGUAGGCUUUCAGGAUUCAAUAAGAAAAUUUGUAUGUCAUGUAGUUGGAAUCACAUUUCAAACAAUAGAUAAGAGUCUUUUGGCACAACUACUUGGUGGUGUAGAUGAUGCAACAUUGAAGCAUUGGGUAAAGAAAUAUGGCUGGAAAGAGGAGAGCAAAACAAUUAUAUUUAUUGCAAAUCAAGAUGAAAACAUCAAGACUAAAAAUAUUACUGAAAAGAUUGAUUUCGAGAAUGUGGCAGGUUUAAUGGCUGCUUGUCUGUAGACAUUAGCAAUCAUUUUCUAAUAAAUCUUAACUUUGAAAAAAAAGAUAAAUAUUGUAUGUAUUUAUCGAGAGAAUUUUAUGUAUCUGAGCAAAAACUAUAAGAAAAACAUAUUUCGGACACUGAAAAAGACGUAACAUAUUGAUAAAUGAAUAUAAAAUUGAUAU